UCAAGCCCUCUAGGAAACAAGAUCCCUUUCAGAGCUCUGAUAAACAACCUUAUUGAAUAGCACUACCUGCCAUGACUGAACCGGUCGAGUACCCUCCGUUUAGACUCGGCGAGUCUCGGUUUGAUCAGGGUAUGUUUUAUGGGAGAUUAAGACACUUCUUGGAUGUUAUUGACCCUCGUACGCUCUUUGUGUCAGAGAGUCGUUUACGUGAUUGUAUAAAACUCUUGGAUCAGUUCAGAAAUGGAACUUUGCCUCCAGGUGUGACAAAUGCGCAGCUUUGGGAUGCUCAGAAGGUUAAACAGGCUAUCAUCCAUCCAGACACAGGAGAGAAGAUCCCCAUGCCCUUUCGCAUGUCAGGUUUUGUGCCCUUUGGGACACCCGUGGUAGUAGGCCUCCUUUUACCCAAUCAGACUUUGGCUUCCACCAUCUUCUGGCAGUGGCUGAAUCAGAGUCACAACGCCUGUGUCAACUACUGCAAUCGCAAUGCAACUAGGCCUGCACCAAUGUCCAAGUUUUUCCAGGGAUACCUGGGUGCAGUCAGCAGUGCAGUUACUAUUGCAGUGGGGCUAAAUAUUCUUAUUAAGAGAGCCGAGCAUUUCAGUCCAACCACGAGACUCCUGGUCCAGAGGUUCAUCCCCUUCCCUGCUGUCGCAAGUGCCAACGUAUGUAAUGUUCUGCUGAUGCGGCACACUGAGCUGUCAGAGGGCAUCAGUGUCCUCGACGACAAAGGCAAUGUGGUGGGCACAUCAAAACUGGCUGCCAGGCAUGCUUUGAUGGAGACGGCCCUGACACGUGUUGUGCUGCCCAUGCCUAUCCUCCUGCUGCCGCCUAUUGUAAUGGCCAUACUGGAGAGGCUCCCCCUGCUUCAGAAGCACCCUCGUCUCGUGCUGCCCGUUCACAGCAUGGUGUGUCUUUCCGCGUUCGGCGCGGCACUGCCCGUUGCCAUAAGUUUGUUCCCUCAAAAUAGUCAGAUUCAUGUGUCUGAACUAGAGCCAGAGAUCUCUGCUACAACGGAGUGCAAGAUCCUCACCUACAACAAGGGGCUUUAACCAAUCCAAAUUACCAACUUGACACCUGGCAACUAAUGCCUUAACCCCUCACGGCCAAACUCAAAUGAAAACGGAAAGAAAAAAACUUUGUUGUUGCAACAUUUGAUGCACAGUAAUUCCAGUGUUUGUAGAAUUAAUGUUUGGAUUAUUACAUGCCACUAGAUCCCAGGGGAUUGCACACAGUCAGAAACAAAUGUAUAAUACAGUGCAAUGUAAGUCACUUUGGAUAAAAGCGUCUGCAAAUGCAUAAAUGUAAACGUAGAUUGUUCAUGCUGCAUGUGAAUGUGAAUCUCUCUCAGCCACACACAGAGACAGACUCACACUAGUGCUAGUCAUUCUCUUUUCCUGCACUUGAACAUGGAAGUGGUAAAUUACACUGUUGGAUUUCAGGAUAUUUAUAGCAAUGAACAAUCUGAUUAUUUUUAAUAUGACUGUGAUGUACUGAAUAAGUAACCCCAUUUGCCUCCUACAAAGCCACAAUUAUUAGCCUUAAACUGAAACGGUGCUUUGAUAGAAUUUUUCCACUACAUUACUUGAAAUUACAUUACACUAAAAUAGUCUGCUUUUCCAUGUCUGGUCUCAGACUCAGUUGCAAGAUAUUAAACCAUUUUAACAAGAAACUAAUUAAAAUUUUUAAAAAGUAUUAUCAAUAGAGUUAGCAUUUAAAGAUUUUAUUUAGAAAAGAAGUUGAAAUUUAAGACAUUUUUAUCAGAAGUGCAAGUGUACUGUUGCAAAGUAUUUGGACACUUAAAUUUGUAUAUAAUUGCUUCUCAGUUUAAUUUAAUUGCAUUUCCUUUUCCCAUAACAAAACAUCACAUUAAAUGGUAUUAUUUUUCAACUACAGUAUAUAAUAUUAAACCAAACUGUUUAUUUCAAAGAAAUACACCACAAGCUAUAAAACAAAUAAAUAUACUGGUGCUUUUUUCUUUGUUGAAGAAUACAAAUCCACAGUUAAAGUUAAUGUUAUAGUUAAUGACACAUUUAUAGUUAAUGAAUAGAAACGCAUUGUACACAAGACUUCAAUCCCCGGUUUACUUUCAUCUUUUACCAUCCGUUUGUUUUUUUAUCAUUAAAUGAUUCAAUCUCUGCUUACAUUUUGUUAUGUUUGAGUUCCUUUGGCGAGGCUAACAAAAGAUUCCUGUAAACUUUUAUUUUAUCAUUAGAUCCAUCACUAGAAUAGACCUGUGUGUUUUUCUACCUGGUUGUCACGGGAACAGAUCACAGUUGGCAGUGAGGAGAGACAUGACAUGAAGCCGCAUGUCGAAUCAUUAACCAUAGGACCGCCUUACAAAUGCUCUCAUUUACACAGUUGCACAACGCACAUGUUAGGUUAAGGAUGAUAGCUUUAGUGCUGAUUGUUUGCUUUCGGUUUUGCCUUCAUUUUGAAAUAAAGAUCAAUUGUUUUUA